UUGUCUUUUAUCUCUCUGCCUGCCCAUCUUUUGCGAGCAAGCUGGAAGUAGUGAAGUAGGGACUUUCCUUAAUUUCAGGCACCUGAGGUUAAAGAUUGAUCCGCUGUAGCUUGAGAAUAUAAAAGAGGCAGAUACUUUCUUUACCUUCACUGCCUGCCAACAUGUCUUUCUCUGGAAAAUACCAGCUUGAGUCUCGGGAGAACUUCGAGCCUUUCAUGAAGGCUGUUGGUUUGUCUGAUGAGAUCAUUCAGAAAAUCAAAGAUCUUAAGAGCACCUCUGAGAUCGAGGAGAAUGGUGACACCUUCAAAGUGACAUUCACAACUGGCGCAAAUGCCAUCGUCAGCAAUUUCACUAUCGGACAGGAGGCUGAACUACUGUCACCCACUGGAGAGAAAGUCAAGGGGGUGGUUCAGCGUGAAGGCAAUAAGCUGAAGACCACCCUGAAGAACAUUCUGUCUGUCACGGAACUGGUGGAUGCAAACACACUCGUUUCAACACUGACUCUUGGAAACAUUGUACACAAGACGACAAGCAAACGCAUGUAACUUUCUAUACAUGAUAAUAAAAGGAGGGUGAAAAAAAGCAA